AUCGUGAACCGCGGAGCACAGCCACAGCACACGCUCCAAAUGUACGUCCGGAAUUGCCUUGAGGUGUGGUCCCUGGUGAGUGUGCUGGUGGCGUUGGUGGCAUCAGCAGAGAUCACACCAGAUCUCAUCCGCGUGGAGAGCUUGGCGGAUCACUGCCUCGUCCAGGCGGAGCAAACCCGCUGCAGUGGUUUCAAUUUCGACAGGGAGGACGAGAGGGCCUCCUUUGACCUUCAGACGGAGGUAAGGAUCACCCCGGAUGGCAGCACCUACGAGGUGGUGGGCGACGACCAACCCACGGGAGCCCUGAUAUUCGAGAACUGCACCUUUGUGCACUUUCCCGAGAGGCUGUUGUACAGUCUGGAGGUCACAGAGCUGGACAUGCGAUCGUGUGGCAUCAGGCACAUGCGGUGGGACAGCUUUGCCCUCGGCGCCGAGAAGCUGGUUAUCCUCCUCCUUUCGGACAACCUGCUGGAGGAACUCAACGAUAAGAGCUUCUUUGGAGCCGGGAAUCUGCAGUUCCUGUUCCUCAAUCAAAAUAGGAUCAGGAGCCUGGAUACGGACACCUUCGAUGGUCUGCAGAGUCUCCAGUACUUGAAUCUCAUCGAAAACCAACUCGAAGAGCUUCCCCCAAGGAUAUUUGACGACCUAAAGAGCCUCCAAACGGUGCUUCUGGCCCAAAAUCUGCUGACCACCGUGGCAGGCGAUUUGUUUGCCUACAAUCCCCGCAUCCAUAGCGUGUCCCUGCACACAAACCGCCUGGAGGAUCUGCAGGAGUACGCCUUCCGCGUGGGGCAGGAGCACCGCCUGCAUUCUCUCGAUCUCUCACACAAUCCACGGCUGACGGUGCUGCUCCUCAACCUGAACGCCAGCCGCUUGUCGGUGCGCAACUGCUCGCUGGACCGCGUCAAUCUCUACGGAUCGGUGACGGAGGUCGACCUCAGCGAUAACCGGGUGCGGGAGCUGUACUUCCCCGCGUCGGAGACCCUCGAGUAUCUGGUGCUGCGCAACAACUCGCUCGUCCAGAUGGCCUCCCUCACGCGUGUGCCCCGCCUGCGGCACUUGGAUGUGGCUGAUAAUCCCCAGCUGGCGCCCUUGCCCGAGGGCUGGCAGACGCCCGAACUGGAGCUCCUCGAUCUGCGGAGCACGGGACAGCAGGAACUCCCACUGGCGGCACUGCAGGGGAUGCCACAACUCCGAAAGCUGGACAUUUCCGGCAACAAUCUCACGGAUAUCGAUCCUACGGCAUUCCCACUGCUCUCCCAGUUGACACACUUUUAUCUGCAUGCCAAUAACUGGAACUGCUUCAGCCUGCGGACCAUCAUGGACAUGCUCAUCCGUCCCAACGGCAUCACCUACACGGUGGACGCUGUAGACCCCGAUUUCCCCGGGGAGUACAUCCAUGGUAUUGCCUGCAUGUACCGCCAGCCAGAGAGGGAGCCUCUGGGAGGCUAUUCCUCCACUGAAACCGAAUCGGGCUACUCCGCCAGCGUGGAGCGAGAGAGUGAGCCCUCGGAGGCUGAGAAACUUCGCAAGGAACUCCAGGCCGUGGUGCAGUAUUUUGAGGCAAAGUUCGAUAAGAUAAUGGAGGCUCUGGAACAGCUUAACGAUCGCAUGUCCUCCAUUGAGAGGCUCAAUCACACCAUCUGGAAUACGGUCACACUUUCUGUUUAAUUCGAUCUCCAAUCUAAAGUUUCCAAAGUUCUACUGUUUGAGUAAUAAAUAUGUUUUGUUUUGACCUCAA